AUGCCUAACAGUCUCUUCCCCAUGCCCGGGCUGGCCCAGCGGGCCGCCGUCCCCGGCCGGGCCCGAGCCAAAGUGGCGCUUGAGCCAGGCCACCUGCCGUUGGACUGGGCCAAUCUCCAGCGAGAACAGGGCCCCAGGCUCCGCGGAGACCAGCCGUUACCACCUCAAUAUACGCGAGUCACUAAGGAAGAAGUGAAACAGCACCGUACUAAAGACGACGCCUGGACCAUCAUCAAUAACAAGGUAUACAAUAUUACCCCGUAUAUCAAUUUCCACCCCGGCGGGGCGGACGAGAUCAUGAAGGGCGCUGGUCGUGACGGCACCACGCUAUUCAUGAAGUACCACCCGUGGGUGAACGUCGAUACGAUGUUGAAAAACUGCUGGAUCGGGGUGUUGGCCCCUCAAUAA